AAAAUUGAACUUCCGGUUUAAGCGGCCUCCACGUCAGAUUUCUAGAGGUGGCAGGUUAUUUCCAAGUUUGUGUCGCUCUCAGGCAUACUAAUUUGAUGCAUAUUGUUGUGAUUAAAACGUGAUUAUGUUGACUAAAUUUGAAACAAAAUCAGCACGUGUAAAAGGUUUAUCCUUUCAUCCAAAGAGACCAUGGGUAUUGACAAGUUUGUUCAAUGGUGUUAUACAGCUAUGGGACUAUCGUAUGUGUACUUUGAUAGACAAGUUUGAUGAACAUGAUGGACCCGUCAGAGGAAUAUGUUUCCACUUCCAGCAGCCUCUUUUUGUUUCUGGUGGUGAUGAUUACAAGAUCAAGGUAUGGAAUUACAAGCAGAGAAGAUGUUUGUUCACACUACUUGGACAUCAGGACUAUAUCCGAACCACAACAUUUCACCAUGAGUAUCCAUGGAUCCUGAGUUCCUCUGAUGAUCAGACUAUACGUAUUUGGAACUGGCAGUCGAGAAACUGUAUCUGUGUGCUAGCUGGUCACAGCCAUUUUGUGAUGUGUGCACAGUUCCACCCCUCAGAAGACCUGAUUGUAUCUGCGUCACUUGACCAGACUGUCCGAGUCUGGGACAUCUCGGGACUGAGAAAGAAAAAUGUUUCGCCAGAACAGUCACAGAGAGCCACUUCCUUAGAGGACAGACUGCGUAGCUCGGGGCAACCUGAUCUGUUUGGAAUGUCAGAUGCUGUAGUGAAGCACGUACUGGAAGGUCAUGAUAGGGGAGUUAACUGGUGUGCCUUCCAUCCAAACCUGCCCCUGAUUGUGUCUGGAGCAGAUGACAGACAAGUUAAACUUUGGAGAAUGAAUGAUUCAAAGGCCUGGGAGGUUGACACAUGCCGCGGCCAUUAUAAUAACGUAUCAUGUUGUUUGUUCCACCCGAGACAGGAGUUGAUCCUCAGUAAUUCCGAGGACAAGAGUAUCAGAGUAUGGGACAUGAGUAAAAGAACUGGUGUUCAGACAUUCCGCAGAGAGAAUGAUAGGUUCUGGAUAAUGACAGCCCAUCCAACACUGAACUUGUUUGCUGCGGGACAUGACAGCGGGAUGAUUAUCUUCAAGCUGGAGCGGGAACGCCCUGCGUAUGCUGUCUAUGGUAACAUACUGUACUAUGUGAAGGAGAAAUUCCUGAGAAAACUCGACUUCACCACCAAUAAGGACGUCCCAGUGAUGCAACUUAGAGGUGGAUCAAGAUCUCCUGUGUUCUCCAUGUCGUACAAUCCUGCAGAGAAUGCUGUACUCCUUGUCACUCGCACAAGUAAUGUAGAGAACAGCACGUAUGAUUUGUAUGCCAUUCCAAAGGAAUCAGACUCAAAGAAUCCUGAUGCACCUGAAGGAAAGAGGUCCUCUGGAUUGACAGCUGUCUGGGUGGCUAGAAACAGGUUUGCAGUGUUAGAUAGGAGUCACUCUAUUGUGGUUAAGAACUUGAAGAAUGAGAUAACUAAGAAAGUACAAGCACCAAACUGUGAGGAUAUAUUCUAUGCUGGUACAGGCUGUCUACUUCUCAAGGACAGUGAUAAUGUUACGCUGUUUGAUGUCCAACAAAAAAGGAGUCUGGCAAGUGUGAAGAUAUCCAAGGUGAAGAGUGUUAUCUGGUGCAAUGAUAUGUCUCAUGUAGCACUCAUCAGUAAACAUGUAAUUGCCAUUUGUAAUCGUAAGUUUGAGAAUCUGUGUACAAUCCAUGAGAAUAUUCGAGUGAAGAGUGGAGCCUGGGAGGAGAGUGGUGUGUUUGUGUACACUACCAGCAACCACAUCAAAUAUGCUCUCACUAAUGGUGACCAUGGUAUCAUACGUACACUGGACCUGCCGAUCUACAUCACCCGCGUGAAAGGUAACAGCGUACAUUGUCUGGAUAGGGAAGGACGCUCCAGGGUGCUCGGUAUUGACCCCACAGAGUUCAAAUUCAAGUUGGCCCUUGUCAACAGGAAAUAUGAGGAGGUGUUACACAUGGUACGACACGCCAAGUUGGUAGGUCAGUCUAUCAUAUCCUACCUACAGAAGAAAGGUUACCCAGAGGUCGCUCUGCAUUUUGUCAAGGAUGAGAAAACAAGAUUUGGUUUGGCUCUUGAGUGUGGAAACAUUGACAUUGCCCUUGAAGCGGCAAGGGCACUAGAUGACCAGGCAUGUUGGGAGAAACUGGGUGAAGCCGCCUUACUGCAGGGCAACCAUCAGAUAGUGGAGAUGGCCUACCAGAGAACAAAGAACUUUGAUAAACUCUCCUUCCUGUACCUUAUCACAGGAAACCUGGAAAAACUGAAGAAGAUGACCAAAAUAGCUGAGAUACGUAAGGACACCAGUGGUCAUUUCCAGAAUGCUCUGUUCCUAGGAGAUGUUGAGGAAAGAGUGAAAAUCCUGAAAAACUGUGGACAAAAGUCACUUGCCUACCUGACAGCUGCUACCAACGGUUUAGAAGAAGAAGCAGAAUCACUAAAGGAAUCCUUUGGUGAGAACGAGAGGGUACCAGACCUGUACCCUAGCGCUUCCCUGCUCCAGCCACCGGUACCAAUCACACAGCAGGAAUCCAACUGGCCCCUGCUGACAGUAUCUAAAGGAUUCUUCGAGGGAGCAAUGGCCGCUAAAGGAGGUCACAGCAAGAUGGCUGCCGCUGAUGAUGUUGAUAUAGAAGAAGCAGGAGCUGGCUGGGGAGAUGAUGAUCUUGGCCUUGAUGAUGAGGAGGGAUUUGGAGAAGACGGUGAAGGUAUUGAGAAAGACGAGGAUGGGGGAGGCUGGGAUGUGGAUGACGACCUUGAACUGCCCCCUGACCUUGAUGUGCCCUCAACACCUACUGGAGCUGGGGAAGGCUAUUUUGUACCUCCUACAAAAGGCACAAGCCAGGCACAGGUGUGGUGUAACAACUCACAGUUACCAGUGGAUCAUGUGUUGGCAGGAUCAUACGAGACCGCUAUGAGGUUGUUACAUGACCAAGUGGGCGUGGUGAACUUUGAGGAAUACAAACAACUUUUCCUACAGACAUACAGUAGAAGUAGGACAUGUUACCAAGGGUUACCAUCUUUACAGCCUCUCUUUGGAUAUCCACAUAGAAACUGGAAGGAGGCAGGUGGUAGAAAUGGUGUUCCAGCUGUGGGUCUCAAACUGAACAACUUGGUACAACAGUUACAAGUGGCGUAUAAUCUUACAACAGCUGGCAAGUUUGCCGAGGCUACAGACAAAUUUAGAUCUAUUCUUCUCAGUGUACCGCUGUUAGUGGUUGAUACUAAACAAGAAAUAGCUGAGGCCCAGCAGCUGAUAGAGAUCUGUAGAGAGUAUAUUGUAGGAUUAACAAUGGAACAGACAAGGAAGGAGCUUCCUAAAGCAACAUUACAAGAUCAGAAAAGAUUAUGUGAGAUGGCUGCAUAUUUCACUCACUGCAAGCUCCAACCUGUUCAUCUGAUACUGACACUACGUACAGCACAGAACUUGUUCUUUAAAUUAAAAAAUUUAAAAACAGCAGCUUCAUUUGCUAGAAGAUUACUAGAACUGGGGCCAAAACCCGAUAUUGCUACUACAGCUAGAAAGAUUUUAGCAGCAUGUGAGAAGAAUCCAGUGGAUGAACACGAUUUAAAAUACGAUCAGCAUAAUCCAUUUGAUAUAUGUGCUGCCUCAUAUACUCCGAUAUACAAAGGUAAACCUGUCGUGAAAUGCCCCCUGAGUGGAGCUUGUUACCUGCCUGAAUAUAAAGGAGAAGUUUGUAGAGUUACAAAGGUGACAGAGAUAGGCAAGGAUUGUAUUGGAUUGAGGAUCAGUCAAAUACAGUUCAGAUAAACCAUCUAGAUCAUUGAAGAACACAGUACAGAGAAUCUUGUUUUAAUGACAUCAACACUUAAUUUCUUGAUGUGUGUUAUACAGAAAAUUAUGUUUCAGUGUGAAUAUGUGGGAUAAAAAAAUUGGUUAAAAAUUACUUAGAUAAUCAAUGAACAAAGAGUGGAGAAUCUUCUUGUAAAGGUAUCAGAUCAAGAUUUUAUUUCCAGAUGUUUAGUACGGAGAAACGUAUCUUAGUGUGAAUUUAUCGGAUUUAAAACAUGGGUUUGAUAGUUGGAUAUUUAAGCUGUUAAAUAUGUUCUUUCUACAUUUGACACUGAAAUUCAGAGUAGUGAACGAUAUUUUGGACUAAAUUUGCACAAUAAACAAAUGGAUGCACAUUCAUAGUUUCUAGUAAAUUUAAAACACUGAUAUUGUGAUGACAUACAUUGACUUAACAUUUCAUACCUUACAUAAUACAUGUAUAUUGUUGAGGAAUGCAUGUACGCUACAUGAAUGAGUUAGUACUGAUUUACUCCAGUAUACUGCUUGCUUGUUACAGAAGUUACUUUACAAAAGGACCCUAUGUAUAACUAUUGAAAUCUGACAUGUGAAAAUAUUUAUUUGUCAUUGAACUUUAUAUGUGCAAUUAAUUUUAGUAAGAAUUAUUUAUUGGUAAAAUUUACAUCAUUUAAGGUGAAUUAAAAGAGAUAAGAAUA